AUGUCUCCAUCAAUAUUCCCAUCAUAUCUUGUGCCAUCCCUGCCAUUUCGCCGUCGUAAACCGAGCACUGAUUCCAACACCUCUACCUCAAGCACCAAUACAACUGACAGCACAAGCUUUGAAAGCUACCUCCGAGGCAACACGUCUCAUCUACAAUGUUCCCGCUGUCAAGCACAUCUAGCACUAUCAAACCAAAUUGUAUCCAAAGGCUUUACAGGCCGUCACGGACGCGCCUAUCUUGUCUCUGCUUCUGACAGCUGGGUCCAAGCUACACCAACUUCGAGCAAGAAAGACACACUGCCAAACCUUCCAAACAUCUUUACGCACAAGCCCGCACCUCGGCAGCUUGUCACUGGUGCUCACACUGUUAGCGACAUCAGCUGUGCACAAUGCGGCAGUGCGCUGGGAUGGAAAUACGUCGCUGCCGAAGAGGAAUCGCAGCAAUACAAAGUUGGCAAGUUCAUCCUGGAGACGAGAAAGACUUGUCGGAAUAGCGGUUGGGAGGGCCAAGCGGAUGCGAUCGUCGAAGCUGGGGGUGUUGCUACGAAGACCAGAUCUAAACCACUGGAUGACAUUGAGUUUGACAGCCAGGAUGAAGAUGAAUGUGAAGAUCUGUUCAUGGGCAUCUGGACACCUCAAUCCGCAGACAGAAGGCGCAAGAUGAAGACCUUCUCAAAGCAGAGCAGCUGA